AAGAUCAGUACAGUAUUGUGGAGUGGAAGCAACAAUACGGUGGACAAGGGGCUGUUUCUUUCCGGUGACUCCUGAGGCAAGGAGGUGGUGAUAUUCAUGGGUGAACCACACACACACGCACACACACACACACACACACACACACACACACACACACACUCACGCAUGCACUCAUGGUCUCUCCUCCGCUUCUCACUCACAUUUGGAGCUCAGCCUCAGCCGCUCGCUGCUCUUUUUGGCGCCUCACUGGAGGAGUAAAGAAGGACUAUGCUUAUCUGAUGUGAGAAGAAAGUUUUGUUUUUUUAAUCAUAGUUUUUAAGACAUUGCCAGCAGUUUAGCAGUUUUACCUGGUGUUCAUCAUGAGGAGGUAUCCACUUAAGAGAGAGAAUGCCGUCUAAGUGAAUUUGAGAAGCAGAGUCGCGGACUUUUUCCCCCCUUUCUUUUUUUUUCUUGAAGUCACAUUACAGUAGCUCCCAAGUUGAAUUGUAAGGGCAUUUUUGGAGGGGGAUACUUCUUGUAAACAAAAUGGAGCGUACCGGCUUGGCUGUUGUUGUGCUUUUGACCAUAGCGCUGGUUCACGUUGGUGAUGGUCAGACGGACACUUCGACAGGUGGGAAGAAAAGAGUUCCUGGUACCGGGCAGUCGCUCAGGGGCCACUCGGAAGGUGGUGAAAGAAGCCCUCCGGAGACCACCUACGCCUGGGGGGGUGGCGAACUCCCGUCAAAGGAUGCACCGAGGACCACCAGACACCGCCGCAGCGUGACCACUUCGCAGCCCAGAGCCAAAGUGAACCGGAGGCAGAACAGCAAGUCCGGCCAGGCGAACACCAGGCGACUUGUAGGGCCAAAUGUGUGCGGUGGUCAACAGUGCUGCUCUGGCUGGGCUGUGGCACCGGGAACCAACCGCUGCAUCAAACCCGACUGCCAGCCCCCCUGCCAGAACCGCGGCUCCUGCAGCCGGCCACAUACCUGCGUGUGCCGCUCGGGUUUCCAGGGGCACCGCUGUGAGGAGGUGGCCCCCGAGCAGGUGUACAUCCAUGACCGAGGGUCUCUGAGGCGUGUGCAGCCGGGCAGCAACCCUUUCCAGAGAGACCAACCGCGGAGACGGCCCGCAGAAAAGCAGGCCAUUGAUAGCACCAAGGUCCAGACCCCGCGACCUGCGACCACCAGGCAACCAGUCCACACUGUGGCCCAAGUGAGACGGGGACCCCCUGAAUCCUCCCCUCAGCUGACUGGGACCUCCCGCACCGUGAAGCGCUAUCCGUCAUCCUCUGGACCGAUCACGUCCAACGCUCUGCCCAACGGAAACACCCACGGAAAUGAGCACAGGAACAAUGUGCACUACUUCAACACUCACAGGCCAACGAGUAACAACCAGCUACAUGGGCAAUUCAACAGUGCUUUAUCGCCAGCAGGGGCCAACCUCACCUCCAGCCUGGAUCGCAUAAAGAUCGUGUUUACACCUACCACGUGCCGCCGGGUGUGCAGCAACGGCCGCUGCUACAAUAGCUGCGAGAAAGGAGACAUGACCACUGUCUAUAGUGAGACUUCGCACCAGCAGCAGCUGCAGCAGCAACAGCCAACGACGACGGGCUUCCGACUCUUCUUUUGUCAGAUCCCCUGUCUCAAUGGAGGCCGUUGCAUUGGCAGGGACCAAUGUUGGUGUCCAACCAACUCAACUGGGAAGUUUUGCCACUUGCCAGCUCAGCCUCACGCGAAGCCCAGCACUCACAAGGACUCCAGAAACUCUGGACACAAAUCUCCUUCCCAUUCCACGUACACUCUACCGCUGUCCAAUCAGCAAGUCUCACUUCACCCAUCCUUGGUCAAGGUCCACAUCCAGCACCCACCGGAGGCCGGGGUCCGGAUCCACCAAGUGGCUCGGGUCCAACCCGGUCAGAGAUUGCCCACCACAGAAGGGGCUCACUCUGUCCAGCAGCGCUCUCAGCCUGGCAACAGCCAUGAGCCCGCUGUCGAGCACGACGGCAGACACGCAUACACCAGGAUGGAUGGCCACGCCAGAACACACCACCGUCAGAACGGACAUGUGGGAAGAUGCUUCCAGGAUACAGUUGAUGGACAGUGCGGUAAGCCUCUGCCAGGCCUAACCAAACAGGAAGAUUGCUGUGGAAGCGUGGGAGCCUCCUGGGGUCUCGACAAGUGCCAUAAGUGUCCAACCAAACCAGCCUAUGCAGUGAUUGCAAAUGGACAAGUGGAAUGUCCUGCUGGAUAUAAAAGAAUGAAUAUGACUCACUGCCAAGAUAUCAAUGAGUGUCUGCUGCCAGGAAUCUGCAAGAAUGCAGAGUGUCUCAACACCAAAGGAAGCUACAGGUGCACAUGUAAACCUGGUUUCAUGUUGGACCCUGCCAGAAGUCACUGCGUCUCUGACAAGGCAGUUUCAGACCAAAAGGCCUUUUGCUACAGAUCAGUAUCAGCAGGCACAUGCUCGCUGCCACUUUCUCACAUCACCAAGCAGAUCUGCUGCUGCAGCCGCGUGGGCAAAGCCUGGGGAGAUGGGUGUGAUCGCUGCCCUUUGCCCGGAUCUGAUCAUUUCAAGGAGAUCUGCCCGGCUGGUCACGGAUACACCUACUCCCGUUCUGAUGUGCAGAUUUCCCUGUGGCAGCUCGGCGAGGACGAUCUUCAAAGUACCGGAUUAUCUUGGGACGAGCAGAACCCAACAUAUCCUCAGCAGCCAUCCUCCCAGCCUCAAUAUCCCAGCUACCCACAAACUCCUCAAAUACGCCAGUGGCCCGAGUACCCAGACUCACCACAAUCACCCCGGCACCCAGUCAGUCCCCCCCAUUCCUUUAUCCCAGACAGUGAAACACCUCCACAGACAGAAGAUGUGGACAUUGAAAGACCGCCAGCUGUUGUGACGGACUCACCAUUGAAAUAUCCAGAAGUUGCUCCAGAUUCACCAGCCAAGCCUGAUCCAAAGGAAACGGCCUCCACUGACUCAGCAAGUGUUGACAAGUGCGCAACCACCCCCUCCAUUUGUGGCCAUGGGAAAUGUGUUCCUGUGCAGACUGGCUACACUUGCCAAUGUGAACCGGGAUUUAAACUCAAUGUUCUGCAGACAACUUGCAUAGAUGUGAAUGAAUGUGAGGGUGAUCCAUGUGACGGAAAAGGCCGUUGUAGAAACAGCUACGGCUCCUACAGUUGUCAGUGCUUCAGUGGCUACAGCCAAGUGAUCACCCAAAACAGGAAGUUCUGUCAAGACAUUAAUGAGUGCAGCAUGCCCAACAAGUGCCAGAACGGCCACUGCGUCAACACGGAAGGAUCUUACACCUGUGAAUGUGAUGGCGGCUUUGCCAAGUCUCGGAGAGGCCAAUGCGAAGAUGUAGAUGAGUGUCAAGAUCCCAACGCUUGUCCCGGUGGUGGUUGUGUCAAUACCGUGGGCUCCUUUCAGUGCCAGGUCUGCAGCCCGGGCUUCAGGCCCGUCAGUGAUAGAUGUGUAGAUGUGAACGAGUGCUUGAACCAAAACAUUUGCGGCCGCGGAAGGUGUGUCAACAGCGAGGGCUCCUAUAGGUGCAACUGUUUCCAGGGAUACAAACUCGCACUGGACAACGUAUGCCAAGAUGUGAAUGAGUGUCUGCUUCCGGGUAUCUGCCUUCACGGAAGCUGUGUCAAUCUAGAGGGUACCCACAGAUGCACCUGUAACCAUGGUUACCAAGUCACAUCAGAUAGCAAAGCCUGUGAAGAUAUCAAUGAGUGUGCAUCUGGUAAAACGUGUCCUGAAGGAAUUUGCAUCAACACGCCAGGUUCCUUCACAUGCCAGAGUUGUAAUCCUGGUUUUGAACCAUCAGCUGAUGGGCUGAGAUGUGAAGAUGUGGAUGAGUGUUCUCAGGGUGACUGGUGUCUUGGGGGCGUGUGUGCCAACACAGCUGGGUCGUACACCUGCACCAGGUGUAAGGCAGGCUACAGAGUGUCUCCAGAUCGACGGCGAUGCGAAGAUAUUGACGAAUGCCAGUCGCUGUCAACCUGUGCCAAUGGCAUAUGUCUCAACUCAGAAGGCUCUUACACCUGUGAGAACUGCCCCACAGGCUACGCGGUGUCAUAUGACGGCGAGCUCUGCGAAGACAUUGACGAGUGUGCGCUGCCCACCACAUGCCCGCGGGGAAUAUGUACAAACACAGAGGGUUCCUUCACAUGUGUCAGCUGUCAGCCUGGUUACAGAGUCUCUGAGGAUAGACAGCAGUGUGAUGAUGUGGACGAAUGCUUGGAAGCCAAAGUGUGCCCAGGCCAGCUGUGCUCCAACACCCUCGGCUCCUAUACCUGCAGGAGCUGUGGAUCCGGCCUGCAGCUGUCGAGGGACGGUUAUGGUUGUGAGGAUAUCAACGAGUGCGAGACCCCAGGUCUGUGUCCCGCGGGCAUUUGCACCAACACAGAGGGCUCCUACUCAUGCAUUGUUUUUGGGCCCGGCUUUACUGUUGCACCCAGUGCUCGCUCAUGUCAAGAUGCGAAUGAAUGUGAGGACGCGGGCCAGUGUGUGGGAGGUCAGUGCACGAACAACGUUGGAUCCCACAGUUUUGCGUGCCCUGCUGGCCUAGAGCUGAUCGAAGGGACCUCCUGCCGAGAUGUCAACGAGUGUUUGACCAAUGCAGGAAUCUGUGGGGAAGGACAGUGUCUGAAUACGCAAGGCUCCUACAUGUGUGUCUGUCCUGAGGGAUAUGACACCCUUCAUGAGCGGACGGGCUGCCAAGAUGUGGACGAGUGUAGCAAAGACAACGUGUGCACUCGGGGGCAAUGCCUCAACACCGAAGGCAGUUUCAUGUGCUUAUGUGAAGCUGGUUUCAAGUACAGCGAGGACACAGCUGACUGUGAAGACCAGAAUGAGUGUAAGGAGUUUGGAAGUUCGGUGUGUGGUACCUGGCGCUGUGAGAACACCAUUGGGUCGUACCGCUGCUUCAUGGGCUGCCAGCCUGGCCUUGAGGGAGAAGACGCCACAGACUGCGAUAUUGACGAGUGCCUCAAUCAGACCAUUUGCGGCAGCCACGGCUUUUGCGAGAACACCGACGGAUCCUACCGCUGCGAGUGCGAUUUGGGCUACACAAACCCACCCGGAGACACCAGCAAAUGUGUUGACAUGAAUGAGUGCGAGAUGAGCUUGGCGCUGUGCGGGGAGGCCCUGUGUGAGAACUUCGACGGCAGCUUCCUGUGCAUCUGCCCCAACGACAAUGAGGAAUUUGAUCCCAUCGCCAGCCGCUGCCGCUCCCUGGCUGACACAGAGCCAAAAACUCCCGCGCCAGCGGCCCACUCUGCCGAGGAGAGGAAGGAAUGCUACUACAACUUAAAUGAUGUCAAAUUCUGCGACAACGUCUUGUCCCGUAACACCACCAAGCAGGAAUGCUGCUGCACAGUGGGCGCUGGCUGGGGCGACAACUGCGAGAUCCACGCCUGUCCCGCUCCAGGAGGAGAUGAUUAUCACCAGUUGUGCCCUCACGGCAGCGGAUCCAUCCCCUUGCCAGCUUCGUCUUCCCAAAGUCUCGCAGAACAGCGACUCUACAUAGAUGCAAAUGAGUGUGAAAUGUUCGGAUCAGACAUCUGUAAGAAUGGGCAAUGUGUCAAUCUCUUCUCCACCUACACAUGCUACUGUCGCUCCGGUUUCUACUACGACAACGUCAGGCUCGAGUGUCUUGAUUAUGAUGAAUGUGAAUUUGGAAACGCCUGUAUGGAUGGAGCGUGCGUGAACACAGCGGGCUCUUUCAACUGUUUCUGCAGUCCGCCAUUAGUCCUGGACAGCACGUGGCGGCGCUGCGUAAGCGCCAACACAACAGAAGAAUCUGUGGAGUCUAACCUCGACGUCCACAUGGACAUCUGCUGGCAGCGUUUGGAGGGAGACAACAUGUGUUCAGAACCCCUGCAGGGCCGCAGAACUACCUACACUGAGUGUUGCUGCCUCUAUGGAGUGGCCUGGAGUGGACAGUGUGCUUUCUGUCCCAGAAAAGACUCAGAGGACUACGCAAUCAUGUGCAACCUCCCUCUGAGAGAAGGUUCGGACAGCCUACGAGAGCGGCCGGGCUAUGAGUAUGGCGUGGACGGGCCCGAAGAUCCUGCGGAACCUUUUGCUCCUCCCUACUGGGACAACUAUGGCGGCCCAGCGGGACCGUACGAUGUUCCCGAGCGCGUCCCGCUGUUCAACGACAACGAUUACACCGCCCAGCAGCCGCCUGUCCGAGUCCCCAUCCACCGACCUCGUGAACACCAGCCUCGGCUGGUGGAUUCCUUCUCUGAGCGCUACGAUGGCUUCGAGGGUCUCCGGGCAGAGGAAUGCGGCGUUCUGAACGGCUGUGAAAACGGACGCUGCGUUCGCGUAAGGGAAGGCUACACCUGCGACUGCUUUGAUGGUUACGAGCUGGACCUAAACAAGAUGGCCUGCAUAGACAUAAACGAGUGUGAGGACAUCAGCGACAAGGUGCCGUUGUGUCAGAACGGCCACUGCAGGAACACAGAAGGAUCCUACAAGUGUAACUGUUUGCCCGGCUUCGUGGCCUCGGCUAAGCCACACAAAUGCAUCCCGGCCAUCCCGGUGGCAGAGUUUCGAGAAACGGGGAACUGAGAUGAGGGACGGGACGGACGAGUGCUGACUUCUCCUGCUUCCUUUCACCCCUCCUCUGGCCAUCUCUUCCUCAGUGCCUGGCGUAGUAAUGCUGCCAAGUUCAGACUUCAACUCCUUGCAGCACACAUCCAUUUGGGUCACAACACAGGUAUCACUGAAUCUUAGAUCUAAGAUGAACAAGAGGAAUGAAGACAUGGCAAGGAAUUCUGAGCUUUUUCAUUCCAUAACACCCACCAAGAAAAUGAUUGGCUAUAUUUUCCAUAAUUUAUUUUCUCCUUCACUUCUUUUUUUGAAUAAUUGUGUUAUUGAUUUCAAGCCACUUCUGACUUGCUAGCAACUGACCUGAGAGGGCUCAGAAAGAGAGCAUUAUUGCCAUUUUGCAUGUCACCCAUACAUGCGUGCUCUCUGAGUAGUCCAGCUUGCACAUUAAGUUUAUUGGAGACUCAAAUUUUGUUUUCUGAUUUUUAUUGAUCCAAGGCACAUAUUUUCCAUGAGAAAAUAUCACAGCACACACCACCAAACAAAAACGUCACAAAAAGUAAUGUGGAUAUAAAAAGUCUGCACAAGAAACUGCUGAAAACCAUUUGGGGUUAAUCAGAUGCACUUUGAUAAUGGCAAGUGUGUGGCAACCCCUGUUCAACUUUGAAUGUGUUUGGUUAAUUCUGAACACAGCCCAAAUUUUUAGUCAUAAAAGUCACACUUGUGCAACCAUGUCUCCUCUGUUCAUUUUUAAUGCCCCUCUUGAAAACAUUGGGGAGGGGGGGUUGUUAACUAAGAUGGUCAGGUAAGAGGCUGAAAAGGUUUUGACAUUUAUCUUCCUAUUUUUUUGACAUCACAAAAACCUGGCAUUUGAACGGAGGUGUGUAGACUUUUUCUAUCCACUGUAUAUACACAGAAACUAUGACGAUCUUGUUUCAAUUUCCUCAUAUCUGUACUAACUUGGUGUGAAAAUCUGUUUAGUUGAAGCUAUUACAGUGUUCCCUGACAUGAGUGAUUCACUACUCACAUGUUAUCCUGUUAUUUGCUGAUAAACUCACCUAUUCGCUAUGCCUGCCCACAAAAAAACUAAAAGUAUCACUUCCGCGCCAUCUCGUGGAAUCUUACUACCAAUGAACUGUGUCAAAGUGAGUUGAGGAGCUACAUGUAGUGCUUUUCCACCAUCUUGUGGUAUCUUGGUGCCAAGGAACUACGCUGAAGUGGGUUGAGGAGGUUCAUGUAGUGCUCUGAUGGUAGUUUGUGGCGUCUGUAUGCUCAUGAAAGAGAGAAGAAUCAUCUGUCACUCUUUGUCGCUAGCAUAAAUAGAUGAAUAAACGUUUGGACAAAUUGCAUGAAAUCGUUUCUUGUGGCACAGUGGUUGGGGAUCACUGCUCUAAAUUGUCCAUAGGUGUCAAUGGUCGCUUGUCCAGGGCGUCCCCGUCAUCCCGCCUCUAUUCAGCUGGGAUAGGCUCCACCUCACUCGUGACCCUAAUGAGGGCAAGCACCAUCGAAAAUGGAUGGAUGGCACUUAACAGAUAUUAAAAAUGAUUUUCUUAUCCUUUAUUACACUUCUUUUCUUCACAUUAAAAUGGAGCUGAACAGCAAAGUGUAAAAUGUGCAGACCAAGACAAUACAACCAAACGUUUCAAAAAGAAAGACUUAGCCGCCACCUUUAAAGACUCAAGAUGUAUAUGAGGAUCUGGUUAUAUGAUGUUCUGUACAGGUGCAAUAGUUGCCUUCAUCAGUUUUCACCAUUUUUAUUACAACUUCCAAAAAGAAAAUCAAACUAACAGUAUUAACUUAUUUUAUUCUCUUGACAAAGGAGCAAGCGUCUCGAAGCGUGAUACUAUAUUUUAGUCUUGUGUCUAAAAUAACACCUGAUCAACAAAUAUCACUGCUUUUUAGUAAAAAUAUUGCUUUCGUGUACACAAUUGUAGCAAAUGUUACAUUCCCACUAAGACAAAGGCUCCGCUGGAGAGGUUUCAUACAGCUCUAGUACUAUAUAUUUUGUUUAAUAUCCUUUUAAUGCCUCCUACAUAGCACGACCAACAUUUUUGUUUGACAUAAAACUCAAAAUCGGGCGGAAUGGAUUUGGGAGGGGGGGGUCUGAUAUUGUAGCUUUGUAGAUUUAUACAUGUGUAAAAAAAGCAAAAACAACAAAAAAUAUUUUUUAAAAGCAAAUCUUUAAAUCUUUUUAUGUGUGAGGGGAACAGCUGACACUGUACCAGAGGAACUGUGUGUAUAACCUGCCCUGUGGAGCAGAAUAUGAACUAUACAGUAUAUAUUCUUUGGGAAGUGGCAGCAUUGUUCUUAAUCUGAUGGCAGACAUUUUCCAUUUCAUUACCAAGACAACAUUUUUUGAAUUGUAAGCACCAACUUCUGUAUGUUGCAACUAUAUGGUUAAAUAUUGUUAAUUGUGAACAUUACUUCUUUCAAUAUGUUGGCUUUUCUGAGUCAUGAAUGUAUCACAGACAGCCUUGGCCUACUUGAUUUUCUUUAUUUUAAAUUGUUAUUAUUGUUAUCAUCAUUGUGGUUCAGGUUUGAUUUAAUCAUUUCUUUAACUGGCACCUGGAAAAACACAAUUGUGGCAGCACAUAGAUAUUAAAGUCAAAUUACAAUAUCCCCUUAACCUGCAUUAAUUGAACUAUAAAAGCUACAAUUGCGAAAAUGUUUCCAUGCGACAUGCACUGUACUUUGAUUGUGCUGCUCUAAUUAUCACCUCAACCAGACAUGAAGUCAAACAUUUGAGUCGAAGUUGGAACAAUCGAGGUCCUCUCAAACAACCUAAUGAUAAUGUCUACCUGUUAUGUCAUCGGAAAUAUCACUCUCAUUCAUUUUGUUUACCUUUUGACUGUAAUCGCUGUCAGUCAUCCAAAUAAAAACAAAAAAUAAA